AUGGUCCUUUUGUGGCUUGCCACAACCAAUUUGGUUGGGGGUCAAGUUCUAAGGUCGUCGGGGCCUCCACCAGAACGUACGAGAUAUCAUGUUCAUGUGCUAAACGGGCCAUAUUAUGUUCAUGUGCUAAAUGGGCUAAGCUACCAUAGUUUGGAUGUGCAUUGUCAAUCCAAGGACGAUGAUUUGGGACAUCAUUUGGUUAAUCAUGGAGAUGAUUUCCAAUGGAACUUUAUAGAAAACCUUUUCAGAACAACCUUGUUUUGGUGUAGAUUGGAAAAGUCGGAUGCGUAUGUCUCUUUUGAAAGCUUUUGGCCUGAGUCGUUGAAGAACCCUUGGCUUCGUCGUAGGUGUGGGACUCAAUUAACUUGUCUUUGGACAGCUAAAGAUGAUGGAAUUUAUUUGAGAAAUAUGCCUACUAAUGUUGAUGAAUUUGUUCACAAAUGGAUUGCAACGUAA